UCUUCCUGUCCCCACCCACCGUUAGCGAGAAAGACACAAGACAGUAAAAUCAGAUGGUAUCCGCUGUGUUCACACCUAAAAAUACAAGCCUUGUUCAUUUUUAUCCCUCUGACCUAGACUAAGGGUUGGUCUUUCCAUCAGUCACACUGUGAAAUCGGCCUGAUCCUGGAAAUGAGGUGAUUAAUCGCCGCGCAGAUUGUGAAAGUGCAGUGUGCAAUCAUGAGUAAGAAGUUGAGCAAGAAGCAAACUCCAAGCAAUGAGGAGCAGCCAACAUGUUCCUCGACUACUGGAACCACGAAUAGCAGGAAUCAGCCUCGCUUCCUGUCCAGACACACCCUCCAGAGGCUACUAUACCGAUCCCUUCCUGGUAGAACGCGUAGCAACAAUCACAGAUCGGCUCCUCGAAAAAGCCAAGCUAAAGAGACUGCGACCAAAUCCACAUCCACAACCGAAGUGCAGAGUGUUGAAGUAGAUGCCCAAUCCCAAUCCAGCUCACCAUUGUCUCAGCACAAGCAGUUGCCAAUGUCACCCUUGCCUUCGCCUGCUUCAACGCCUUCAUCUUCGUCAGAACUCCACCCGCUACCCCAGGAGAAAUUGGUGAAGAGUAAACAGAACCUGGAAUGUCCACUGUGUCUGUCCGAACUACCCGAGCCAUGUUUUCCAUCACUUUCAACUUGCGAGCAUAGGUCGUGCUACGACUGCUUACAGCAGUACUUGAAAGUGGAGAUAUCUGAGUCUCGCACAUCUAUAGCCUGUCCAGAAUGCUCUGAGCGUCUACACCCGAAUGAUGUGAGGAUGAUUCUGAAUGACUCAAACAUCUACACCAAGUACGAGGACUUCAUGGUGCGCCGCGUGCUGGCGACCGAUCCUGACACUCGAUGGUGUCCACAACCUGACUGCAGUUUUGCUGUCAUCGCCAGUGGAUGUGCCAGCUGUCCUAAAAUAAAAUGCCAACGACCUGGCUGCCCUGGCGUGUUUUGUUACCACUGCAAGGCAGACUGGCACCCAAAUCAGACUUGCGACGCCGCCAGGACCCAAAGGAAACCAACAGUCGUUGGCGCAGAUCCAACCACCUCAGGAGGCAUUUCUUCGUCAUUUCAGCCAUCAUCGUCGCCUUCAAUCUUUGGACUUUCAACCUCAAGUGCGAUAAAAUUAAAUACAAUUAUUUUUCCAUUUUUACACCAUCAUGUUGCAGGAGAUUCUGAUAUAAAACCAUGCCCAAGAUGCUCUGUGCUGAUCGUCAAAAUGGAUGAUGGCUCUUGCAAUCACAUGACUUGCGCUGUGUGUGGAGCUGAGUUCUGCUGGCUCUGCAUGAAGGAGAUCAGCGAUCUCCAUUACUUGAGUCCAUCUGGAUGCACAUUUUGGGGAAAGAAACCAUGGUCACGGAAGAAGAAGAUCCUAUGGCAACUGGGAAUGUUAGUUGGAGCGCCGGUUGGAAUUGGCCUGGUAGCUGGGAUUGCCUUACCCGCAAUGACCAUUGGGAUUCCUGUGUGGGUCGGUCGAAAGCUCUAUGGCAGAUACAGAUACAUGAGCAAGCACAAGCGCAAUUUGCUAAUCACCAGUGGCGUCAUUUCCUCAAUUUUAGUGUCUCCCUUUGUCGCUCUCACAGUAGUUAGUAUUGGAGUGCCUAUCCUCCUUUUCUAUAUUUACGGCGUGGUGCCUGUGUCCCUGUGCCGUUCUGGAGGCUGUGAUGUGUCAACAAGUGGAUCUGGAUUUCACUUUGACUUUGAUGACUACAGUGACGCUGAUGAGGAUGAAGAUGGAGAAGACGGAAGUGAAAGAAAGGGAAGUGGAUCAGAGGGAAAGCGCAGACACCACAUGGUCACCACGGAGCUUGGUGCCAGGCUUGGCUACAGAGGAGGAAAUAUUGCAGAUGCAGUUCCAAUGGAUGCUUCAAGUCAUAAAGGAACAAACCCAUCUAUUGGGGAGGCAUCUCUAUCCAUGGACUCUGGAAGCCAUGUUGUUGAGCAUGACGAUGAUGAUGAUGUAGAGAAAGCAACUAACAAAUUAGAAACAAGGAACAAGAAGGGUCGCAGCAUAGAGAUCCAAGCUGACGUUCAAGCUCACAGACAUAGUCUGUGCAGCGAGGACACCGUUGAUUCAGAAAAGUCUGGCAACACUCUGGACGACGGCGCUGCGUCUACAAGGGCACUCGCGGGCUCAGUUUUGAGCUACAAGGUUUACUCUGAAACUGGCAGCAAAUCGGCCCCUGUCACUGACGCGAGCGUCGAAGUGCACCUAAACCAACCAAGCAGCAGUAGAAGUAGUACCCCGCAGCACAGAGAGAAGAAGGUGUUGCUUGAUGAGGCUAGGUCAAGAAAGUCUCAAGAGGAGUCUGAUAUUAGCCUUGAACACGUGAGGUUUGAUGAUAACGUUAGCGUUUACAAUGAGAUAAGCAGCGAGAAGGUGGUGUCUGUGUCACGCUCUCCAUCAAUGAAGGAUGGCAAGAAGUCUCCUUCGGGCAGCCAGAGGAGUUCAACUUCUGUUGGUAGAGCCAUCAGACAUCUGCUGAUGAGCUCGAGGAAGGAAAAGGUUGAUCCUGAACAACUUGCGUAGAUGUUAUUAAGAUGCCAAACGAGGUGAUAUUGUCAAGACUUGAAACCCUUGUCCUCUUGAAGUAACAUCAACUGAAAGGCAAAAUUUGACGAAUAUGAAUUUCAAAUCAACACAAUAUCCAUGUCAUUUAUGUAAUGUUCAAAGUGAUAAGCUCAAUAUCUCAAAUUAUAAUUAGUGCUGGUUUACAAUGAGGAGCAACAAAGAUGGCAAUGUCUGUUACACUAAUGUUAAAAUUCAAAAAGGAUAUCAUGUUUAUUUUAGAUGUUGAAAAUCUGAUUCUCAUAGUGUCGAUUGAACACUCCAAGUGAUAAUUAUCGCUCAUACAAGAUCAAAAGUUUAAUGCCUAGUCCAUGAACUCUUUUAAAAAUACAGCAAGCUAGAUUCACAACUCGGUUCAGGGUUCAAUGGUCUUCUUGCUCUGUUUUCGCUUCCGUGGCUUCAAUAACUAAUUAAUUAUUCAAUCAGGAUUUUUGUAAAUAAGCAAAGAGCUUAAAAAUUAUUACUAAGAUGCGAAAAUGCAACUCGAGCAUUUUAUGUUAAAUGUAUAAUAUAGGUUGGAAAUAGAUCAACCAAAAUUAAAUUUUGAUUUGUUCCUGUAGCACAAUUUUUUAAUGCAUAAGCAGCUCUUGGAGAGUAACAUAUAUAGAGCAAAAUGAAUGUGAUUAUAGAUAUUAUCCACCUUCAUUCUUAGUAUUGGAUAAAAAAAACUCUUGGAACGUUUCAAGUUUGGUUGAAUUUUUUUUUAUAAAUAUGUAAUUGUAUUUUUGUUAAGCUUCAAAUAUAUAACAUCUGAAACGGCAAUGAAAUAAA